CCAGCGGGGGCGGGACCUGCGCGGCGAUUGGGCGCGGGCUCAGCGGGGGCGGCAUCUGCGCGGCGAUUGGGCGCGGGAAACCCGCGUUCGCUGGGAUUGGACGCGCGGGCGGCGCGCGGUCCGGGGGAGGCCAGUGGAAGCUCCAUGGGGAGGCGGCGGCGGCGCCGGCCCGACCCGGCGGACGCGGCCCGGGCUCUGCCCGAGGCCAUCGCUGCGUUGAGCCGGACGCUGCCCGCCGCGCCCAGCCCCGAGAUCUUCCGCCGCGCCAAGUUUGACCGUCCGGAGGCGGCCCCCGCGCUCUGGCGGCUGCUCUUCCGUGUGCUCUCGCCGCUGUCCGCCGACAGCGCCUCGGUCUCGCUCGCCCUGGAGGCUCAAGUCCGCUGGGUGAAGUCGGUGCUGCACUCCCAGGGUUACCCGAGGCGGGCGCUGGUGCAACUCCAGGACGACGGCUCCCAGGGUGGCCGUGAGCUGCUGCUGGCCCUGGCCUGGCUUCUGGCCCGCGGGCCCCUCCCCGAGCGGCUGCUGACCCAGAGCCACGUGAGGCUGGGCGACGAGAUGCCCGUGUGCGAGUGUGAGGCCCUGGCCAGCCCUGGCCCGCCUGCUCCCCAUGUGGAAGCAGAAGGCUCUGUGGACAUCCGCCACCUGCAGUGGAUGAUGGGGAAGCUGCGGCUCCGGUGGCGAAACCUGAUGGCCGGUCAGCAGGAGCAGUGCGCCCUCCUGGGCAAGAUCCACUCGCACACCCGUGGCUGCCACAGUGACCGCAGCCUUGGCCACCUGUCUGUCACCGAAACGGAGCUGCUCAGAGACCCCGAGGGCGGCCGGCAGCUGCUGCAGCGGCUGGAGACGGAGAACGCGCGGCUGGAGGCAGCCCUGGAGUGGCGGCACCGGGAGCUGGUCUUCUGGCGGUGGAUGGACACAGUCCUGGACACCUGCCCCCUGGAGGCCUCACCGCCCACGCUUCUGCCUAGGAUCCCCGAGCCAGGGGCUGGAGCGGCGGGGCUGCCGGUGCGGGAGCUGCAGGCCUUGCAGGAGGAGCUGCAGGCCCUGCAGGAGGAGCUGCGGGAGGCGGUGGAGGCCCGGCGGGCCGCCUGGCAGGCUGCGGUUGGUGGCCACGGGCCUGAGUGGAGAGCCGCGAGGCGGGCCCUGCAGGCGGCCGUGGCGCAGGACCUGGCAGCCUUGCAGCGGGCCUGGGAGCAGGGCAAGGACCAGGCCCGGCCCCACGGACCCCGCCGGCUGGUGAGGACCGAGGCCAGGGUGCCUGGCGGCCCGGGCCUGUGGGCCACCGAGGCGACGGAGGCGCUCAGGGCCCGGGAGGCUUGCCUAGAGGCGAUGCUGCGCCAGCUGCAGGGCCAGUGUCAGCAGGAGCUGGCCAGGCUGGCGGGAGCGCGGCCCGGCCUCAUCUGGGUCCCGCCGCCCACACGCGGAGUGCCGCAGGCGCCCCCAUGUCCGGGCUGGGCCUUGAAUGGGCAGGAUCCAUCCUCAGCGGCGCAGGCUCUGGGCCCCGGGCCCCACCUUGGGCAGAGCGUGCCUGCUCCCCCCAGGCCUGGGGCAGGCCCGGGCUGUGCCCCCGAGGAGGUUGUGACAGCCCACAGUGGUGCCAUGGGCGUCAGGCCUCGGUGAGGACUCAGAGGAACGCCGUGGAGGCCUGUUGGCAGAGCCGAGGCUCCAGCUGGCCUCUGUCGGGGAAGGGGGCACCCCUCAGGCCCGGGGAGUGCCCCUGGGCAGGCUGGCGAGGCGGGGCUGGCCUGGGGCUCCCCAGGUGCUGGACAGAUGGGGAGGCCUGCAGCGUGGGGUGGGUGUCGGGCAGCGCACACUGGGCGCCCCUGCACACCCCACUGGGGCCAGCCUGUGCCUGGGACGUGUGUGAUGGGAGCCCUGGGUGGGGGCUCUGCUCUGUCCCUGGGGGUGGUGCCCAGGGGCCCGGGAGGGAGGCCAGUGCGGACAGAGGGGCUUUGUUUUCUAGGCCGCAAGGGAGCGGGGCCCAGCUUGACAAAGAGUCAUCUGUCUGUGGACGUCCCGCCAGCCCUGUCAGAGCUGGCCUGUCCCCGUCCUGGGAGACUGGUUUCUCGCGCCCAUGCCCCACCCCCGUGGGCACAGCCAAGGCUCGGCCUCCUGGUCCAGGCUGCCCUCUCCCCGGGCGCUUGACCUCGACCUGCCGCUGGUUGGCUCAGGCCCUGGACCCCGGGCCCCCCAGAGUAUGUUCUCAUUGGCACAUCCCCCACGCCUGGGGGCACCAGCUGGUCCGGGCCUUUGUCAGAGGUGGGGGCACACCCAUGGCGCCUCUGCACUGGCCUCUGGCGCACCGGCCAGACCCGGCAGCGGCGAGCAGACGCCCCUGUGAGGACCGCCUGUCCGACCCUACCCCGUGGCCGGCCCCUGGGCUCUCUGCACCCCCUCCGCGGCUGGAGCCCUCCUGCCAAGGCCGUGGCUCCCUGCUGCCUGCAGUUGGGGUCCAGGUGCCUGACCCAGGCCUUCCGCCUCGGGUGUUGGGGCCACUUCUCGUCUUCCUACCACCGCCCUCCUGCCUGCUGGAUGGGAACAAGUCCACGGAAGGACUCCCUGCCUCCUGUGGACUCCCUAGGGCCGUGAGGGCCACGGCCUUUGGGAACCUGAGCUUUAAAAACGCAAGUGGAAACUCAGUGCCUUGGGGCUGUCACUCCCCCGCUGACCCUCCGGCCCAGUACAGUUCAGUCAGAAGCCCCAUGUGUCCGUGGGACUUGGGGCGCUGAUCCUGAAACACGAGGUGGACCAGCCUGAGAGGCCAGGCUGGUGGGCGGCAGGGCCCCUGGGGUCGGGCUCCUCCUGCUGCUGUAAUAAGUGAGUGUGGUCCUGAUCCGGCCACUCCAGGGGACUGAGGUCCAGUGGGCAGGCAGGAGGCCCUGGAGAGUCUGCCCUGGGCCUCAGACCUCACGGGCUCCUUCUCUGACUCUUCACUGCUUCUCCACAUCUGUACUCCCCCUGAUCUGCCGGCCACCAGAGUCCCCUUCUGCGUGUGACGUGACAGGUUCACAGGCCUGACCCCAGGGCUCAGACCCUGCCCGCCACCCCUGGCCCCGCGUGGGGGAGCGCAGGCCCACGUGUACCCUGGAGCCGAACUGGCUGCUCCACCCGCAGACACAGCCCUGCAGGAGGCGGGCACGCCACGCCCCACUCAGUGGGGAGUCAUGGCAUGGAGGCGGAGGCCUGGUCACUGAAAGAAGCCGGAGCUGCAGCUCGUUGUGACACCUGCCUGUGUCAAGGCUGGAGUGGAGCGGAUGGAGCUGUCUGUCCAGGGGCCUCAGAGGAGAGGAAACAGGUGAUCAGAUGAAUGACCAGACAGUCGCCUUCGCUGUAACCAGGGACGAUGGGCAGGGCCGCCUGUGGGUGAGGGGGGCGGGGCGCCUGGAUUCGAACCGCGCCCCCCCAAGGCCCCCUCAGGCACGUCUUUCGAGGUGGGCGUCCCACUGUCACCAAGGGGAGAGGCAGGGAGCGAGGGUCAUGGCAGCAGGCCCCCUGCCGAGGCCUGGGGUCCAGGGUCCAAAGGUCCGAGUCCUAGAAAACAAGCACGCUGCAGAAGACACGCAGGAGACCCUCAAGAAGAACAGCCACGACCCGGGCAGUGGGGGCUCGCACCCUCGGGGCCUCCCUGGGGUCCCGCCGUGAAGACCCUGUGCUUCUGCCGCAGGACGGGCUGGUUCUACCCCUGGUCGAGGACAUAAGAUCCUCGGGUGAUGCAGCCAAAAAAAGGCACUGAUCACGCGCGUGUGACCUUGGGGACGUGCGGCUCUGGGGUCCCACUCGCCCCAGAGGGCAGGGCCUCAGAAGGCAGGGCGGGGGCCCGGGGGCCCCCCGCACCCAGACUCUCACCCCCACCGCUCCGUCUCCGUGGUCCUCCGGGCGCUGGGCCUCCCUGUCUACUGGCCCCCUCCCUUGCCUUAUUCACACUGGUCGACCUUGGCCUGACCUUGGCCUGGGGACGCGGCUCGCUAGUCAGGACCACAGGCCCCCAGAUGCCCUUCCCUGUGGCCUGAGGGUGUCCCCGGGUCCCACUGAAGUCCAGGUGCGGGUGGGCAGGAGCAUCUCAGAGCGGCAUGUAGGAGACAGUCCCUGCCGGUGGGGCCCAGCUGGCCACCCAUGUCCUCCCUGUGGGCGUGGCCGCUGCCCACGAGAUGCCUGUGAGCUCUGGGGCCUCAGCUGGGUCCUGGCUGCCGAGUGCGGCCGGGCACCGGGCUCUCCCCUUGGGGCUGGGCUGACUCUCCACUUGUCCGGCAGCCAGGACCGCCACGGUGCCCGUGUGCCUGCCCUGGGGCCACCCCCGGUGCCCGGGGGAGAGCGGACACCCAGACGAACCUGCAUAAGGGGCGGGGGCUGCGCCGUGUGGGGUGGGGAGGCCCGAGGCGACAGCGGUGGUCAGAGUAGGCCUGCCCGGGGUGAGGGCAGUGGGGGGGGGGGGGACUGGGGGGAGGACAGAGUGCUGUGUGUCCUGUCCAGGAGGGGGGUCAGGAAACGGGGUGCUUCCGGGGAGGCUGCAUGGGAGGGGCACGGACUGCAGGCUCUUGUGUCUCUGGCGGGGGUACCCUGUCUAGGGCCAGGUCCUGUCUUGGUUCUGAACAGCCCCUCUGCCCCCGGGUGGGGAGGGUCUGGGGCUCAGUGAGGGGUGGGUGAGGUCAGGCUGGCGCCUGGGGUCUGUUGCUCUCUUGGCCGUGGGGCAUGUCCGCUGGUGGCUCCUCUGGAAAGUCAUUUUUCCUCUUAGAGCCUCUCUCUCUCUCUUUUUGGUGGCGCUGUGUCUUCACUGCGGCCGUCUGGUUGGGGCUCUGGGGCUUGGUUGUGGUGUGUGGGACCGGAGAUGCCAGCGAGGGGCCGCAUCGGUCCCCCUGCACUGGGAGUGUGCAGUCUCAUGCACUUGGCCAGCAGGGCAUUCCCUCUUCCAGUCUUUAUUUACAAGUCCCGUCUCUCCCCUUCCCACUUAGGGACAUUUUUAAAUUGUAAAAAACACAUCACUGAAUUUGCCAUCUUAAUCUGCCUGCCAAUGCAGGAGACACUGGAGACACAGGUUCAACCCCUGGGUGGGGAAGAUCCCCUGGAGAAGGGAACAGCAACCUACUCCAGUGUUCUUGCUUGGAGACUCCCA